GGUCUGCGUUGCCAGAGGGCUCAAGCCCCGCCCCUUUUGGCCGGGGCCUCGCGCUGGCUUUUUUUUUUUUUGCCCCCUUUUUCCCCUUCCGUCUCGCGCCGGCUUCGGCGAGCCGGGAACAAGGUCAAGCUGCAGCAGCAUUGCAAAGGCGGCAAGAGAGGGAAAACAUCAUAAAGGCAGGCAGCUGGAUUUACUGAGUCUGCUAAUAAUGACAUCUAGAUCCCAUUGAAAACGCUGAUUAAAACCCUCAUUGAAUUUCAUUGCUGUUGGAUUGUAUCGCAAACCUGUUGACAGGUGUGUGGCUCUAAAGGUGUAAUCCCUCUUGCUGCAUCUUGGGCAACAUGGCAGGCCUCCUGCGUACCGUUGUAACUAGUUGCUCCAGUCCUCUUUUCAACAAUGUGAUGUGCCACAAGGUCAAGACUGUGAAGACGCCAUGCCUACGGACAUUACGCACACACCAAGUACUCUGGUGCCAAGCACCUGUCAAGCCAGGUAUUCCUUAUAAGCAGGUGACUGUGGGCGUUCCUAAGGAGAUAUUUCAGAAUGAGAAAAGGGUUGCCCUGUCACCAGCUGGAGUCCAAGCUUUGGUUAAGCAAGGUUUUAAUGUCAUCGUGGAAUCAAAUGCAGGAGAAGCUUCCAAAUUCUCUGAUGACCAUUAUAAAGAGGCAGGGGCACAGAUCCAAGGAACGGAGGAAGUUUUGGCUUCUGAUUUAGUUGUCAAAGUGAGGGCUCCUAUGCUUAAUCCUGCCCUUGGUGUGCAUGAAGCAGAUCUGUUUAAAUCACCCAGUACCCUAAUUAGCUUUAUCUACCCAGCUCAAAACCCAGAUCUUCUGAAUAAGCUAUCAGAAAGAAAAACUACUGUCUUGGCUAUGGAUCAAGUUCCACGUGUGACCAUUGCUCAGGGAUAUGAUGCUCUCAGCUCCAUGGCCAACAUUGCUGGUUACAAGGCUGUUGUGCUAGCAGCCAAUCACUUUGGUCGUUUUUUCACGGGUCAGAUCACAGCAGCUGGGAAAGUCCCUCCAGCUAAGGUUCUGAUCAUUGGAGGUGGAGUUGCUGGUUUAGCAGCGGCAGGAGCAGCGAAGUCAAUGGGUGCUGUUGUCCGUGGGUUUGAUACCAGGGCUGAAGCACUGGAACAAUUCAAAUCCUUAGGAGCCGAGCCUUUGGAAGUUGACCUCAAAGAGUCCGGGGAAGGUCAGGGAGGUUAUGCAAAAGAGAUGUCCAAAGAGUUCAUUGAAGCUGAAAUGAAACUCUUUGCCAAACAGUGCCAAGACGUUGACAUCAUUAUCACAACAGCACUCAUUCCUGGCAAAAAAGCUCCAAUCCUGUUUCGAAAAGAUAUGAUUGAAUUGAUGAAGGAAGGCUCAGUUGUAGUGGAUCUAGCUGCUGAAGCUGGAGGGAACAUUGAAACUACAAAACCAGGGGAACUCUACAUUCACAAGGGAAUUACACACAUUGGUUACACAGAUCUUCCUAGCCGAAUGGCUACCCAAGCCAGCUCCCUGUAUUCCAAUAACAUUACCAAGCUCCUAAAAGCCAUCAGCCCAGACAAAGACAACUUUUACUUUAACCUAAAGGAUGAUUUUGACUAUGGUACUAUGGACCAUGUUGUUAGAGGAACAGUGGUAAUGAAGGAUGGAAAGGUGAUUUUUCCAGCACCUCUUCCAAAAAAGAUUCCCCAAGCAGCACCUGUGAAGCAGAAGACAGUAGCAGAGAUAGAAGCUGAGAAAGCUGCCACUAUUACACCCUUCAGGAAGACAAUGACCACUGCCUCUGCGUACACAGCAGGGCUUGCUAGCAUGCUUGGGCUCGGUUUGGCAGCUCCAAAUUCAGCUUUCACUCAGAUGGUGACCACAUUUGGCUUGGCUGGGAUCGUUGGGUACCACACAGUGUGGGGCGUGACUCCUGCGCUCCACUCACCACUCAUGUCUGUGACUAAUGCCAUCUCAGGGCUAACUGCUGUUGGUGGACUGGCACUGAUGGGGGGAAAAUACCUUCCUGACUCGAUUCCUCAAAGCCUUGCGGUUCUUGCUGCUUUUGUAUCUUCUGUGAACAUUGCAGGUGGCUUCCUGGUCACACAGAGGAUGUUGGAUAUGUUCAAGCGGCCUACGGAUCCUCCUGAGUACAAUUACUUAUACCUGUUACCAACUGGUGUAUUUGUGGGUGGAUAUGGAGCAGCCCUCCAAAGCGGUUAUAACAUUGAACAGAUGAUGUACCUGGGAUCAGGCCUUUGCUGUGUUGGUGCUCUGGCUGGCCUCUCCACCCAAGGAACAGCUCGGCUUGGCAAUGCUUUGGGAAUGAUAGGUGUUGCUGGGGGCUUGGCAGCUACACUUGGAGGCCUGAAGCCAUCACCUGAGCUGCUGGGACAAAUGUCAGGGGCAAUGGCCCUUGGUGGCACUAUCGGCCUGACAAUUGCUAAACGCAUCCAGAUUUCAGAUCUACCUCAACUGGUAGCUGCAUUUCACAGCUUGGUUGGCCUGGCUGCUGUUCUCACCUGUGUUGCUGAGUACAUGAUUGAGUAUCCUCACUUUGCUACAAAUGAAGCUGCAAAUCUUACCAAGAUUGUGGCAUAUCUUGGCACAUACAUUGGAGGUGUAACCUUCAGUGGCUCUCUGGUUGCAUAUGGAAAGCUCCAGGGUAUCUUAAAUUCUGCCCCACUUCUCUUACCCGGACGGCACUUACUGAACGCUGGUUUGCUAACUGCCAGUGCAGGUGGAAUGAUUCCUUACAUGAUUGAUCCUAGUUACACAACUGGCCUCACCUGUUUAGGGUCUGUAUCCGCUCUGUCUGCUGUUAUGGGUGUGACACUCACAGCAGCCAUUGGAGGGGCUGAUAUGCCAGUUGUUAUUACUGUACUCAACAGUUACUCAGGCUGGGCACUGUGUGCUGAAGGGUUCCUCCUCAACAACAACUUGCUAACAAUUGUGGGCGCUUUAAUUGGUUCCUCUGGUGCCAUCCUGUCAUAUAUCAUGUGUGUGGCCAUGAACCGUUCUCUUGCUAACGUGAUCCUUGGUGGAUAUGGGACGACUUCAACAGCUGGUGGAAAACCCAUGGAAAUUACUGGCACUCAUACAGAAGUGAAUGUGGACAGUGCAGUGGAAAUGAUAAAGGAAGCCAAUAAUAUUAUCAUCACGCCAGGUUAUGGGCUGUGUGCAGCAAAGGCUCAGUAUCCAAUUGCUGAUUUAGUCAAAAUGCUGUGUGAACAAGGCAAGAAUGUUAGGUUUGGUAUUCAUCCUGUGGCUGGCCGUAUGCCUGGACAACUAAAUGUACUUCUUGCAGAAGCUGGUGUACCAUAUGAUAUUGUUCUAGAAAUGGAUGAGAUUAACCAUGACUUUCCAGCAACGGAUCUGGUCCUUGUUAUCGGAGCAAACGACACAGUUAAUUCAGCUGCUCAGGAAGAUCCAAACUCGAUCAUUGCAGGAAUGCCAGUUCUUGAAGUCUGGAAGGCCAAGCAGGUGAUUGUCAUGAAGAGGUCUCUGGGUGUUGGCUAUGCCGCGGUGGACAAUCCCAUCUUUUACAAGCCCAACACUGCCAUGCUCUUGGGAGAUGCAAAGAAGACCUGCGAUGCCCUGCAGGCCAAAGUGAGGGAGUCCUCCCAGUAAUACAUUCCUCUUGUUGAAAGCUGUCCUUUGGCCAGUGUGAACAAAGAUUCUACAAGCGUUGCAUACAGCAGAAUUAAGAGUCAAGGGUUAGAGCAUAUUCAUGAAUUGACGGUUUAGAAAAAAACAACAACAUUAGGGUCCAGAUAUACAGUGAACAUUUAUGUAGGAAUGUAACAAAACAAACCUUGAAUUGACCUCUCAUGGUGGGCGGUGGAAGCAGGCGGAACCUGGAAUAAGUAUCUCUGAAAGAGAACAUUUUAGAGGAUUUUUCUCCCCUUUGUAGCCACGCGUGUAUUACAAUGACACUCAGGAAUUUUGGGGAUCUGUCCAUUUAGUGUGAAAUGAAACAUAAGGGAAACAUGCAUACGAGCAGGGCAGCUGCUGCCAUUUACAAAAAACACAUUCAUUGGCUUCAAUUCUUGCAGUGGUUCCAAGUAUAUACAGAAUUCAGCUGAUCUCUCAUUUACUAGAUCUUGGACUCCUUACCGGAUAUUUAAAAUUUUGACUGGGUUUUUACUUGCGACCUUUUAAACAGAUUCCCCCUCCCAGCUUUCGAAAUGUGUUUUUGAUACGUCCGUAAAUCAACCUGUUUGAGAUGCUGGAAAUGGGCAUGUCUUUUGUCCAAUGUACUUCAAAUGCUGGAAAACGAGAAGAAAUUCCAGAAUAUUUGGAAUACUUUUUAACAUUAAUGAAGUAUGCUAGUAAAGAUUAGGAAUCCAAUAAGCUUCAGGAAAAAAGAGAUUUUGGUUACUGGUCUUCCUUUUAAUUGAAUGAAGAGAACUAUUGAAACUAUAGUUUAAUGGUAAAUAUAAGGGUGUUUUUAAAACUGGCUUCCAGUGCAGCUUUGACUAUGUUUAGUUUACUUGAGUGGAACUCAAUGUUUGACUAAUAAAAUGCAUUUGUCAUGUUUGCAUAAUGAUGUAGCAACCGUCCGUCGUGACAGAGGCAAAAUAAAUAGCUGUACUUGUGUUAGAAAGCCUUAACAUCUGGGCAAGACAGACUACUACGAAGCGAGUUAAACUUAGCCCAUCUUGACUGUUUAUAAAUCCUGAUUUUUAUCAUCAUGCUUAUCAUGACCUUCUAAUUUAAUAGCAGAUGGAAAUUGUGUCCAUAUAGCUACCUCCUGUUUUUGUAUGUUGUGGGGCUCCAUACAGUGAACAUCAAGAGAUGGCGGUGGGAUGAAUCUUAACUAUGAGCUUUCUCAUCGUUUGUUGAUAUCCCAUUUGUUUUCGUGGGAUUUCCAUAGGUGAAAGUCCAUGAAUGAUUAUCCUCUGUGUUUAUUUUUUUAAAGAAAGCUAUCAUUUUAAAGUAAUUUACAGAAAAGGGUCUUUUAAACAUUGAGAGGUUGUUUUGCUGCAUAAGAGUACUUGAGCAACAUUUAAUAUUUUGGGGCAGCUAUGCUUUGGUAGGACCCAACAAGAGCAUUAGUUUCAUAGCAUUGGUACCAUAUACAGGCUGCAUAGUAUGUGUAUGUAUGUAUGUAUGUAUGUGUAUAUAUAUAUAUAUAUAUAUAUAUAUAUGUAUAUAUGUAUGUGUAUGUGUGUGUGUAUAUAUAUAUAUAUACACACACACACACACACACACUCACACACACACACACACUAUAUGUAUAUAUGCAGGUCGUAUAGUAUGAACACUAUACAGCCUACAUAUCAACCAAGCCAGUAGGAGGCACGUCAACAGUUAGCUUUGGAUUGUGUAAUGCUGCCUUAAAGCCGUAAGGCCCAGCUUGUUUAGAAUACUUUCUCCUUUUUAAUUUGGAUACAUAUGCAGUUUGUAAGUGGACCAGAAGUACCAUUGUUAAUGCUAGAAAUGUGUUUAUAUUACAGGACAUGAGAGAAUUAUUUAAAAAAUGCAAAUAAAAAAGUGAACCAAA